AUGCAGACCGCCGAGAGCCGGCCGGCGCCGCCCCGGCUGCCCCCGCACGACCCGGGCACGCCGGCGCUGUCGGUGGUGGACAUGCACACGGGCGGCGAGCCCCUGCGCAUCGUGCUGGCGGGCUGUCCGGAGGUGGCGGGCCCCACGCUGCUGGCCAAGCGGCGCUACAUGCGCCAGCACCUGGACCACGUGCGGCGGCGGCUCGUGCACGAGCCCCGCGGGCACCGGGACAUGUACGCGGCCGUGCUGGUGCCGAGCGAGCUGCCGGGCGCGCACCUGGGCGUCCUGUUCCUGCACAACGAAGGCUACAGCUCCAUGUGCGGCCACGCCGUGCUGGCGCUCGGCCGCUUCGCGCUGGACUUCGGGCUGGUGGCCGCGCCCCCGGCCGGCGCCCGCGAGGCCCGCGUCCACAUCCACUGCCCCUGCGGGCUGGUGGCCGCCUUCGUGGAGUGCGAGGGCGGCCGCAGCCUCGGCCCGGUGCGCUUCCACAGCGUCCCGGCCUUCGUGCUGGCCGCAGAUCUGCUGGUGGAUGUUCCUGGUCACGGGAAGGUGGUGGUGGACAUUGCAUAUGGUGGUGCAUUUUAUGCAUUUGUUAGUGCUGAAAAGUUAGGCCUUGAUGUUUGUUCUGCAAAGACAAGGGACCUUGUGGAUGCAGCAAGUACAGUGACAGAAGCAGUGAAAGCUCAGUUUAAAAUUACACAUCCUGAAAGUGAAGACCUUGCCUUUCUGUACGGAACUAUAUUAACUGAUGGAAAAGACGCUUACAGUGAGGAGCCAACCACCAACCUUUGUGUGUUUGCAGAUGAGCAGGUGGACCGAAGUCCCACGGGCUCAGGGGUGACAGCCCGCAUUGCCUUACAGUAUCACAAAGGGCUUCUGGAACUGAACCAGACCAGAGCCUUUAAAAGCAGCGCCACUGGCUCCGUGUUCACCGGGAAGGCUGUGAGGGAAGCCAAGUGCGGGGAUUUUAAUGCAGUGAUAGUGGAAGUCUCCGGACGAGCCCAUUACACGGGUACAGCAAGCUUCACGAUAGAAGACGAUGACCCACUGAGGGAUGGGUUUCUUCUCAAGUGA